AUGAUGCUACAAGGACCCUUUGAAGAACUCUCUGCGGCGACUGCAAAUCAACCGGUCAAGGCCACGGCCACCAGUGACGCUACCUACCUCGCUCUCAUCACCGCUUCACUAGCUCUGACCUCCGUUCAGCGAUACCGUCAUCCCCACCGCCUCAUCUUUCUCACAAGCGAGAGGGACUCGGUUCUAAGUUGUGCUCAUUGCGGUUGCAGAUCCACCUCACGCACCGGCCUCAUCCAUCACUCACCACUUCAUCGCAGAGAGACUGUCCGUUGCAUGGAUAUCCAGGACAGCGUUAUCUACCGUGGUGCUGACCCACCUAACGCUUUUGAGCAUCCAUCAGCACCCCCAUCACCGGCUUUCCCACAAGCAGCAGCAGCAUCAGCACAACCAACUGCUGACUCAUUACUGUUCGACCUUUUCUGCUCGCCUUGGUCAUUCACUUGCGAAUCCAGAGACCGGCAAGUCGUUGCCAACAGCGCAAGCAUAUACUCGCCACACCCCCCCACCCCACUGCCCGUACUGAUCACGGACAUUCACGCACACCCUAUCAGCCUAUUAGGCCACCUACUUUUCCAGCAAAUCCUACGGUGGAACACCGCCAGGUACACCAUAAUAACGCAACUCUCCUCAACAGCCCCUACAUUAUAUAUGUAUGGCUACGCCCAACACAAAGCAAUGCUUGCUAGCAACCAACAACUCCCAAGUAAGAGGAAUGUGUAUGAUUCUCAGCUCCUUCUCCCUGUGCCUACUCUGUCAUCCAUUUGA